AUGAAUGGGGAAACGUCGAAAAAAGUUACCUCAGCCGCACGAGAUUGUUGUUUGUGUAAGGAUAAAAUUCCCAGUCUUAAGGAGAAAGUGAAGAUCUUUCGCAAGAGUGAAUUGCAGAUUGGUGCGUUAAUUCAUCGCUCACUUGGAGUCGAUUUGGGUGUUUACACCGGCAGCGAGAACCUCGCGAUAUGUUCCUUGUGUUAUAACAUGUUGAAUGCCUACAACAAGGCCUUAAAAAAGUCAACCAGAUCGUUGAUGGCGUCAAGCAGAAAUUUGAAAGUAACGGACCUCUCCGUAUCAAAAGAUUAUCGAACUCCAACCCGUCGGCUGAAAUUUCAUGGGGACCACCAUAACCAGCAAGCUAUAAGCCUCCAGAUAAUGUUUGUGUGUCUGCUUUUACAAAGCUUCCGCCAGUUUUUGGUUUUGGUGCCAUUAGCCCAAUCGCUCGACUCUCGAUUUUUUGAGCACCAAAUUGUGUAG